ACAGAAUUUUCAAAAGUCCCAAAAUGGCUGAACAAACCCAAAACACCGAGGCCCAGAUCCAGGAGCUGCAGAAGCAGAUUGAGCAGCUCAAGGCGUCGCAGAAGAGCCCUUACGAUGUCUACCAGACAUCCCUGACAAGCCGCUACUGCAGCGCUGAGAUGACGCAGCUCUUCAGCCAGCGGUCCAGGCACUCUACCUGGCGCAAGCUCUGGCUGGGCCUUGCCGAGGCUGAGCACGAGCUGGGCAUCGAGACCAUUACUCCCCAGGCUUUGGAGGAGAUGAAGGCUCACCUUAUCGUCACCGACGAGGACUUUGAAGCUGCGCGUAUUGAAGAGAGGAUUAGACGUCAUGAUGUCAUGGCUCACGUCCAUGCUUUUGGCCUUGUUGCUCCGGCUGCUGCUGGUGUCAUUCACUACGGAGCCACAUCUUGCUACGUCACUGAUAACGCAGAGCUCAUUCUCCAGGCCAAAGCUCUUGAUCUUUUAAUCCAGAAGCUGUCCAAGGUCAUCUCCAACCUGAAGGCAUUCUCUCUCCAGUGGAAAUCUGAACCUACAUUGGCCUACACCCAUUUGCAGAGCGCUCAGCCCAUCACCGUUGGCCGUCGCUCGGCCCAAUGGCUUCAGGACCUCACUUUCGAUUUGGAAAAUCUCGAAACUGUUCGCGCAAACCUCAAGUUCCGAGGUGCACAGGGAACUACCGGAACACAGGCAUCCUUCUUGGAAAUCUUCCAAGGCGAUCAUGCCAAGUGCGACAAGCUUAACGAAAUUCUCUGCAAGAAAUUUGGAUUCCCGGCCUGCUAUGACAUCUCUACCCAGACAUACACGCGCAAGGUCGACCUCAUCAUUGCCCAGGCAGUGGCUGGCAUUGGAGCUAGCGCUCAUAAGAUUGCAAACGAUAUUCGUCUGCUGGCAAACUUCAAGGAGAUUGAGGAGCCGUUUGAGGCUAAACAAAUUGGUUCUUCGGCCAUGGCAUACAAGCGCAACCCGAUGAGGAGUGAGAGAAUUUGCUCCCUGUCUCGUACCUUGAUGUCCAAGCCAGCUUCUUUUGCCAACACGCUGUCCACACAAUGGAUGGAGCGAACAUUGGACGAUUCUGCCAUCAGACGAAUGGAUAUUCCCGAGAUGAUGCUGCUUGCAGAGGCCGUUCUCAUCGGCUUGGACAACGUUACAGAUGGUCUCGUUGUCUACCCGGCCCGAAUUCGAAGCAGAUUCCUUGAGGAGUUGCCGUUUAUGGUGACUGAGGCGAUUAUCAUGAAGAUUGUGGCCAAGGGCGGCUCGAGACAAGAGGCACACGAGGAGAUCCGUGUUAUCUCACGCCAGGCUGCAAGCGUUGUCAAGAUGGAGGGCAAGCCGAAUGACUUGAUCGAGCGUAUUCGCAACACUGAGUACUUCAAGCCCAUCUGGGACGAGCUUGAUGGAAUGAUGAAGCCCGAGUUGUAUGUCGGCCGCAGUGUCGAGAUUGUCGAGAGAUACUGCGGCGCUGGUGGCCCCGUGGAGAAGGUGCUUGCUCCAUACAAGGAGUACCUCGCCCAGUCUACCACUGCGCAGCUGAACGUUUAAGCUACCCGGUUGCAGAUGGUUGGAAUUGUAGAAAAGUGAUAAAAAAGGCGGUUGUAAGCCUUGUCAAUUGGCUCAAAAGACAACGAAAGGGAUGGGAUAUGAGGGCUAUUAUGCCUGUAGCUAGUCUAGACACGAUGAGCUUCAACAUGCUACGUCACAUUGCUA